GUGCCAACGUGCUGAUCUUCCUGUGUACUAACAUCAUUGGGAUCUGUACCCACUACCCUGCUGAGGUCUCCCAGAGACAGGCCUUCCAGGAGACGAGAGGAUGUAUUCAGGCCAGGCUGCACCUGAAAAGGGAGAACCAGCAGCAGGAACGCUUGCUGCUAUCAGUUUUGCCAAGGCACGUCGCAAUGGAGAUGAAGGCUGAUAUUAACGCCAAGAAGGAGGACAUGAUGUUUCACAAGAUCUACAUCCAGAAACAUGAUAAUGUGAGCAUACUGUUCGCUGACAUCGAGGGCUUCACCAGCCUGGCGUCUCAGUGCACGGCCCAGGAGCUGGUCAUGACACUGAACGAGCUCUUUGCCCGCUUCGACAAGCUGGCCUCGGAGAACCACUGCCUGCGCAUCAAAAUCCUCGGAGACUGUUACUACUGUGUUUCAGGGCUGCCCGAGCCCCGGGCAGAUCAUGCCCACUGCUGUGUCGAGAUGGGAGUAGACAUGAUCGAAGCCAUUUCGCUGGUGAGAGAAGUGACAGGUGUUAAUGUGAACAUGCGGGUGGGCAUCCACAGUGGGCGAGUUCACUGUGGGGUGCUGGGCCUGCGCAAGUGGCAGUUUGACGUCUGGUCCAACGACGUGACGCUCGCCAACCAAAUGGAGGCUGGAGGGCAGGCAGGACGCAUUCACAUUACCAAAGCCACUUUGCAGUACCUCAACGGGGAUUACGAGGUAGAGCCAGGAUAUGGAGGGGAGAGGAACGCUUACCUGAAGGAAAACAACAUCGAAACCUUCUUGGUGCUUGGAUGCAGCCAGAAAAGAAAAGACGAGAAAGCCAUGAUGGCCAAGAUGCAACGAACACGAGCAAAUUCUGCAGAGGGACGGAUGCCUCGCUGGGUGUCCGACAGAGCUUUCUCCAGAAGCAAGGAGUCCAGAGUCUACGAGAAGAUGGGCAUCGAUGCAGCGUCCAGCAAAGAAAACCGCUGCACUCAGGAGACCCUCAACCCUGAGGAUGAGGUGGACGAAUUUCUUGGACGAGCCAUCGAUGCUCGCAGCAUUGACCAGCUGAGGAAAGAUCACGUCAAGAAAUUCCUGCUCACAUUUCAGACAGCCGAGCUAGAGAAAAAGUACUCCAAAAAACUGGAUGAUCGUCUGGGGGGCUACGUGGGCUGCACUCUGCUUGUGUUCUUUUGCAUCUGCUUUAUUCAGAUGAUAAUUUUCCCAAAAACGACACUUAUGCUUGGUCUUUACAUUAGCGUCUUCAUCAUCCUCGCCAACAUCCUUUUCAUCUGUGCCAUCUAUUCCUGCCUAAAAUGCUUCCCAGCUGCCUUCCAGACACUUACCAAGAAAAUAAUCCAGUCUCGGGCAAACAGUACACUGGUGGGCGUCCUCACCAUUCUCCUCCUCUUCAUCUCUUCUUUCGCUAAUAUGUUCACGUGCAGUAAAGAGGAACUGAAGGAUUGUGUAGAAAAGGAACUGAACACAACAGUGACUCUCUGCCUGCUGCACAACCUCACCAGGACGGCAGAGGACGGCCUGACUCUGUGCUCCAGUCAGGCGAUGCAAUGCCAUUUCCCUGAGUAUUUCAGCUACAGCGUACUGCUGACCCUGCUGGCCUGCUCUGUGUUCCUGCACAUCAGCAGCAUCGGGAAGCUGGCUCUGAUGCUGCUCAUCCAGCUCAUUUUCCUCCUGCUGGUGGAGUGGACUCAGGUGACCCUGUUUGACAACGCUGACCUGCUGGUCAUCGCCAACACCCUGCAAUUACCUGUUAAUGGUUCCCUGCAACAAUCUUAUUUAAAUGAAACGGCAGAACCGUGCCCGGUGAAUGUGAACAAGGUGCCCCUGAAGGUCAUGAUCCCCAUAAUCCUGAUGGUUUUUGUUCUGGCUCUCUAUUUGCACGGCCAACAGGUGGAGUCCACCGCACGCCUCGACUUCCUCUGGAAGCUUCAGGCCACCGAUGAGAAGGAGGAGAUGGAGGAGUUGCAGGCGUACAACCGACGCCUGCUGCACAACAUCCUGCCCAAGGACGUGGCUGCCCACUUUCUGGCGAGGGAGCGCCGGAAUGACGAGCUGUACUACCAGUCGUGCGAGUGCGUUGCUGUCAUGUUCGCCUCUAUCAGCAACUUCUCCGAGUUUUACGUGGAGCUGGAGGCGAACAACGAGGGGGUCGAGUGCCUCAGGUUGCUUAACGAGAUCAUCGCCGACUUUGAUGAGAUAAUCAGUGAGGAGAGGUUCCGUCAGCUGGAGAAAAUCAAAACCAUCGGCUCCACCUACAUGGCGGCCUCUGGCCUCAACGACACCACCUACGACAGAGAGGGCCGUUCACACAUCCUGGCUCUGGCUGACUACGCCAUGAGGCUUAGAGAGCAGAUGAAGUACAUCAAUGAGCAUUCCUUCAACAACUUCCAGAUGAAGAUAGGGUUGAACAUGGGGCCAGUCGUGGCGGGGGUGAUUGGAGCCAGGAAACCCCAGUAUGACAUCUGGGGAAACACUGUCAAUGUGGCCAGCCGAAUGGACAGCACCGGAGUACCGGACUACAUCCAGGUGACCACAGACCUGUACCACGUGCUGGCCAGCCACGGAUACCAGCUGGACUGUCGAGGUCUUGUCAAGGUGAAAGGGAAGGGGGAGAUGACCACUUACUUCCUCACCAGCGGACCCCCGGGCAGUUAACGAGCGAGGCAGCCGGCCACACGGUGACUCCCACUGCGCCAAAACGGCAGGGACAGCGGAGAGACUGAGAGCUCGGCUCGGCGAUGAGCACCGGGAGACAGGACGCGGUCAUCAGAGAGACAAGUCCACGCCUUGUCACGUUCUCUGAUUGAAGGCUUUGUCACGAGCUGCCCGGUAGAUAAUGAAUCCCAGUUGCCUUAGAAAGGAAGCGGCUACGCUUGUGUUAAUGAGCAAUAGUACAAGUAUACCUUCUGGAGUCGUUAUUUAUUUUGUGAGAAACUAAGCAACCUUUCUUAAAAGAAAAAUAUGCAAGGACAACAUGAAGGAGGAGAAUUACCAAAGAACAAUUGUCUGACGAUUCUGUUCAACACUAUAAAAAAAAACAACUAUAUAAGCUAUACAAUUCCUCUUUUUAAGAGAGCGAAGGCCAUGGUAACUUUUCCGAGCUCUUAAUUAACAAAGGAGAGCGCGCACGCACAGAUAUGCAGAAGGAAGAACAAAAUGACAGCAACCUUGGCUCAAACCUUUUGUGUUUCCAAUCAGGGCUUUCUUCGUUCCCACUAGCCUGCAUUUAGCCACACGUCUGUUUGUGGUCCACUGAGCCCUCGGCCGCUGUGGCACCAGCCGAAAGGAAGAAAAGUAGUAAAAUCGGUGGAGGAACGGUUUGCGUUAAAACCGAAGAGCUGAAGAAUGAUUGUAAACAUGCUAUAAACCAUUUUUCUACAGCUGUGUGUGAGUCCCGUGUGUUUUGGGCUCUAGCUCGACCUGUUAUAGGGGCAAACAGAAACUUUUCACUGUGAGAUUUCUAAGAUACUGUACGACAACGCUUUCUUGCCAAACCGGUUGCUGCAAGGCCUGUUUUAUGCUAUUCGCCACAGUUUUGUGUCCAUUCCUGAUUGUUUGUGUCAAGAUGAUCUUUUGAAGGUGAUUAUGUCCCACUGCGCCUUUAUCGGACUGCGAUUUAUACCUGAUUUCAUUCCAAAUGAAAUAAGCUUGUGACUUUUUUUGGGAGUGUGUUUAAAGUAAACUGAGUUCCUGACAGCUUCAGGAUAAUGCGUUUGCAGAAAUUCUCCAUCUGCUCUGUAUUGCCUUGAUGUUAUUCAGCUCUAAUGUCCACGUACUUCACGGCCCAAUAUUCACAACCUUACAAGGCAGUAUUCGAUGCUAAUGUUUAGAAUAAGCGCCCUUAAACGAACUGUUGUUUGACAAAAUAAUCAAAUGAAUGUAUGUAAUAAAUUUUAUUUUGUCUAGAGUGAGUUGACUAAAAACAUAUUCUGGUUAGUUAAAUACUAGAAGCCCAGCCAUUUAGGUGGAAUAUUUUAUAAAAAAAAAAAAAAAAAAGCUUUAUUCUGUUUCUGUCCAGGCAACAAAAAAACGCUGUGAAACGGAUCGUCACGUUCACUUGCCGCUCUCUGUCCUUAAAAAAGCCCAAUUAAACACUGUCCCAUCUUCAUAUAGAGCAAUUACAGAUAGAGUUGGAGUUUCCUAAAAUAAGAAAUCAAUAAAUGACUUUUUUUCAUU